AAUACUUCCACGGGACGAUUUAGGGUGGCCUCUUUGAUCUGUGCUGCUUAAGGGUUACUCUGUUUGCUUCACUGGAAAGUUCGAAAGAAAAUGGAGCUUCAAGUUUCACUCUCCCCCCUAGUUAGCACAAUGAGGGGAAGAUUGGGUGUUAUAUUCUAAUUUAAGAAGCUUGAUCAAGAAGUUAUGGUGUUAUCUCUGUUCUGAGUGAAUAUUCUUAAAUGUUCCGAUUGCGUCAUAUGGGAAAUGGAAGAUGGCUUUAUCUUUUAGGAAUAGUGGCUGUUAACUCCUUACUGUUUCAAUCAAUAUUGGUUACAGUUGGAAAUGCUCCCUGGUCUUCUUCAUUGCAAGAAUAUCAUAAGCCCAGGGAUAAUUUUACAAGCUUCCCAUUGUUAGAUUCAGCUGCAAAGUCUUCUAUUCACAAUCCUCUAACAGUUAAUGGUCCAAAUUAUAUUAAUUAUUCUGGUUUCAGUGGCACCGUGAAAAAUGUACAUAUUUCCAUUGUUAGUGACGAAACCCAUCUUCAUAAGUUGUUAAAUGGAAUGAAAAAUCAUACACAGAGUUCUACUGAUGCUUUUGAAGUUGGGAGAGAUAGAAAUGGCAUCCUUAGGUUUCCUGAGAAGAAAGUUGAUGAUAAAAAUGUGAGCUCAGAGUUUGAUGGUGAUGGCAAUAAGAAUAAUAAUCUCGUGCCAAUUUUAGCCAGGAAAAAUGGAAAUGCCGUUUCAGCAAAUGAAAUUUUGAAGAUGAAAAGUGAAACUUCGACAAGUUAUCAGUUGGUAGAAAACAAAAAUGUGGAUUUAAGUGAAGCUGGGACAGUUUAUAUUCAUUUCCAGUCUCCUGUGCCUACUAAUCUGACUCAUCAAAGUUCCAACUCUUCAAUUCGUUCUUCUCUGAAGCAAAAUGGUUCAGCUGACUCAGAUAAUGGUGUUUCAACAAGUAUUCCUGGGAAAAGGAAAAUGAGGUGUGAACUGCCACCUAAGUCGAGAACCUUAAUACAAGAGAUGAACCGGAUAUUAGUGAGGCGUAGGGCUAAGUCUCGUGCAAUGAAACCACGAUGGUCCUCCAGACUUGACCGGGAAAUUCAUGCUGCUAAGCUAGACAUUAUGCAUGCUCCUAUGGUGACACAUGACAAAGAACUUUAUGCUUCUCUCUUUCGCAAUGUUUCCAUGUUCAGAAGGAGCUAUGAACUGAUGGAACGCACACUCAAAGUUUAUAUAUACAAGGAUGGAGCCAAACCCAUCUUCCAUCAGCCUAUACUCAAGGGACUUUAUGCAGCAGAGGGAUGGUUUAUGAAACUGAUGGAGGAAAACAAGUAUUUUGUUGUGAAGGAUCCUGCAAAGGCUCACCUCUUUUAUAUGCCAUUUAGUUCACGAAUGUUGGAGCACUCACUCUAUGUACGUAACUCUCAUAAUCGGACAAAUCUCCGCCAGUAUUUGAAGGACUAUACAGAGAAAAUUGCAGCAAAAUAUCCUUACUUUAACAGAACUGGUGGAGCUGACCAUUUUCUUGUUGCAUGCCAUGAUUGGGCUCCAUAUGAAACGAGGCACCAUAUGGAAUACUGCAUAAAAGCUCUCUGUAUUGCUGAUGUAACACAAGGCUUCAAAAUUGGAAGGGAUGUUUCUCUUCCAGAAACUUAUGUCCGGUCAACGAAAAACCCUCUUAGAGAUCUGGGCGGAAGGCCACCUGAUCAAAGGCCUGUUCUUGCUUUCUAUGCUGGGAGUUUGCAUGGCUAUUUGCGUCCGAUAUUGCUAAAGCACUGGAAGGACAAAGACCCCAGUAUGAAAAUAUUUGGUCGAAUGCCUCCCGGUGUUGCCAGCAAAAUGAGUUACAUUCAGCACAUGAAGAACAGCAAGUACUGCAUUUGCCCUAAAGGGUACGAGGUGAACAGCCCAAGGGUGGUUGAAGCUAUAUUCUAUGAGUGUGUCCCUGUGAUUAUAUCUGACAACUUUGUGCCACCAUUUUUUGAGGUUUUGAAUUGGGAUGCAUUCUCAGUAAUCCUUGCAGAGAAGGAUAUUCCGAGAUUGAAAGACAUACUUAUUUCUAUACCAGAAGAGAAGUAUCUGAGCUUGCAACUUGGGGUCAGGAGGGUUCAGAAACAUUUUCUGUGGCACACUAGGCCCCUUAAAUAUGACCUCUUUCACAUGACCCUUCACUCUAUUUGGUAUAAUAGAGUGUUUCAAAUAAACUUGAGGUCAUGAUGCACACCUGAAGUCUAAGAGCUGUACAAAAGGGAAACUGGCUGUGACAUGAGACUCCGUAGCUUGAAAUACCAUAUUCUGAAUAGAGGAUGAUUAUGUAUUCAAAAUUUUUUUUUUUUUAAAUCAUGUGAUGCUGUUGUUGGCAUAACACCUGUAGAAAAACGAUUAAUUCAAGUCACGUCUUAUGGACACUCUCUUAAGAGCUAUUCUGUGACCAUCGACAGACGGGAAGCGGCACUUUCCAGGAUUAAACAGACUCUUCCUGCAAGGAUAGGGUGAACAGAACAACAGAAGGUAACAAAUAGAACCCAACUAGGUAGCAGCAAUUUCAGAAGGAAGGAGGAUUGCAUGCAAGCUCAAGUGCGGGAUGCUUGAGCCUUUGUCUCGAAGCACCUUAUAUAGGCUCCAACCCACUCCAUCGUUGAACACAAAUUAAUCAUGUUUAAAUGUGAUUAAUACACUGUUUUGAACAUUGCAGCAAUGAAAGUGUUUAAUGCGAUGGUUUUUGAA